AGAGUUCUAAAUCAGAAACUCUCGCGAAAUAACGUGUAAUUUUUAGUGACAUUCGGUAAUUGUUUGUGUCUUUCGUCAUUAAUCCGAACGUAAACGGAAGUUCCAGAAUCAGGAUUAUCGUGAAUACGAUAGGAAAUACAAACACUGUCACACCUCGUUACAAAGGUAAAAAUCUAUACAGGUAAUCAGAGAGCCGCGUGAGCCCGCACAUGAUUGGCUGCCAGCGAAUCCCAUGACUUAGACUACGUUUAAAAACUGCGCGAUCUUGUCUAUUUUUAUCAUUAUUCAAUCGACUCUGCGUUCAUUUUGUUAAGGGGAAUACGAUGGUCCAUCUAAGCGACAUGAAAAAGCCUAUUAGCUGCACGGUGAUCGGCGACGGGAUGGUGGGGAAAACAUGUCUGUCGGAGGUGUUCUCCCAACAAACUAUGCCCCAGGAGUAUGUGUCUACCGUCUUUAAUAACUAUGCCGGUAAAUCCACAGUGGGAGGGGACAAAUAUGUGGUCAGCAUCUUUGAUUCCGCCGGAGAGCAUGAGUACACUGAACUGCGGUCCUUCAGCUACAAGGACAGCGAAGUCCUCCUGCUCUGUUUCUCGGUGUCCGACAGGGACUCCUUUGAGAGUGUCCGGGAAUUCUGGGCCCCUGAAGUCAAAGACUUUCUAGGAAAACGCGUUCCAAUUAUCGUAGUGGCUACCCAAACGGAUACCCGAUCCUCCCAUGGAGUGGACAGUGUCAGCAUGGAGGAGGUCACUCCGGGAGGGGACAGUGUCACUACUGAAGAGGGACAAAAAAUGGCCAAAGAAAUCGGGGCGGAUCGGUACCUAGAGUGUUCCUCGGCGGACUUGCAGAGCGUACAGAGUGUGUUUGAGAACGUUGUACUUACUGCUUUGAAACAAAGAAAAAGAAUGGGGAACAUUUUCCGCCGAGUGUUAGGACGCUGAACUUAAUAGCACUAUUACUUUGGUUUCACAUUGAAGACGUAUACCCCAUGCGUCUGUUUCACAACCCUUAGUGAACGAAUGAAGCACAGGUCUAAACCAAUUAAAAAAAAACCGGUGAUCGGACAAAGAUAGCGCGCAUGAUGAACUGACUUGGACUUGACCCAAGCAAAUGACCUGAAAUGACCACGUGUUACGUGCCGGACUUUGAUUGCAUACCUCGGUUUGUACUGAAAAAAAAGGUGUGGUAUUGGAUUUUCCACAGUAGUGUACCAGUUCCUGGUAGAACCAGAAGAAGUGUAAUGUCACGAAGACAUUUAAAUCCAUUAAUUGAUUGUACUCUUGCAUUUCAUAUCCUGAUUUAAAUAAAUGAUGCAUCUGAGCGAAUAUGA